AUGGUCCCUCCCCCGCCCCUCCCAGCGCCUCCCCUCAACUCGUACGAGAGGGAAGCUGUAAAGUCCUUUGGUGGCUGGACGGCCUUUUGCAACGCCUACGGCCUCAAGCCCCAGAACGCCGACGACAACGAGGAGGCAUACCAGAUUGUCAAGCGCAUGGGGGAGAACGAUCGGCUCGACGCAGAGGAGAAGGCCAAGGCCGGCAAGGCGGGUGCUGGGCGUCGCUGA